CACAAUCAUUUCAUUUUCUUAUACAUAGUGAUAGUUUGAAUAAUUUUCUUUAUAUAUGUGUUAUCACGAGAAUUUUAAAGCGAAUGAAUGUAUAAUUGCGUUAAAUCUUUUGAGCUCAGUUUAGUCUUGAGUAGAUUGUGAAACAUUGCACAUUUGCAAUAUAAUGAAGUCCAGUUUAUUAGUGUUGUUUUUGUCAUAUUUGCUCUUGGAGGAGCCAGUUCUUUCAGUCGCUGAUCCUGUUGAGAAUUUGCAGCAAGAAACUAAAAAUCAGAAUAGCGAAGAUCAGUGCAAUUCAUAUUGCUUUUCGGUGUUCAAGCCCGUUCUCGAUCACUUUGUUGAGUUAAAACGAGCAGCCAAUGCCAGCGAUGAGCUAAGAAUCAAAAUAAAUACAUUGGAAUCCUCUAAAAAGGACUUGCAGAUACAGUUAUCAAACGCGGAAGCUGUAGACAAGACCAGUAAAUUACUUAUUAAUUUGAAAGAUGAACAAAUUAAAGAGAUGAGUAAACAACUUAAAGAAAAAGAUGAUAAAAUUAAGAACCAAUCUGAACAGCUCAAGAAAAAUGAUGAAACUAUAAGAAAAUUGCAAGGCCAGUUAGCAAUUGCUAAAGUACAAAACGAAAACAAAGAUAAGCUAAUUCGUAUACAGGAAGAUCAAAUGAAAGAUAAAACUGAACUGAUUGAAAACAAAGAAGAACUUAUACAACUAAAAGAUCAACAAAUAAAAGACAAAGAUGAACGUCUAAAAAUCAAAAUUUCUCAAAUCAAUGACCAUUAUUCGGAGAAUUUGAAAAAUUCAAAUCAAAUCAAUGAGUUAACUAAUCAAGUAAAGUCCGUUUCCGAAAAGCUAACUGAAAAAACUGAAAUGCUUUCAAGAUGCAGUCGAUUGGAUAGUUGUCCCAGCAAAGGUCCUUCUGGAAUUUAUAACAUGAAAAUACGAGGAACAAAUGCAUUUGAAGCUCCUUGCAAUUCAGCUGGUUGGAUGACAAUACAGAGGCGUUUGAACGGAUCAGUGGACUUCAAUCGAAACUGGGAUAGUUAUAAAAAUGGAUUUGGGGACGUUAAUGGAGAGUUUUUUAUUGGACUCCAAAAAUUGCAUCUCAUGACAGAGGCACAACCUUACGAACUCUAUGUUAGUCUUCGGGAUAUAAAUGGAACCAGCCGCUACGCCAAAUACGAUCACUUUAAAGUUGGAAGUGAGACGGAGUCAUAUGAGCUAAAAACGGUAGGAACAUAUUCUGGUACGGCAGGAGACUCCCUAAGAUACCAUGGGAAAGUAAAGUUCAGCACAUAUGACCGGGAUAAUGACUAUAGUGCUGGAAAUUGUGCAGAGGGCCACAAUGGGGGAUGGUGGUUUAACAAAUGUGCUAAAAGUUCACUUAAUGGAAAAUAUUACAAAAAUGGUCAGAAGCAAGACGUAUACGGAAUUGUUUGGGGUACAUGGAAAGACUUCGACUUUACAAUCUCGCUGACUUUUGCUGAAAUGAUGAUUAGACCUAAAUCCGGUUAAAACGAAGACUUUUAACCAAGUUAAUCUGAUAAAAAUUACAUACAAAUUAAAAAUUAAAAAAAUAUAUGGAAUCAAUGAAAAAGCAAUUAAAAAAUGAUCAUAAAAACGUAGAGAAAUAAAUGGAGACGAUACAAUA